AUCAGGAGUUGCCGUAAGAUUACUUCAUGUGAAGUUCGCUUUCAGUUACAGCUAAACAAGAGGGCGGGGAACUUCGAGAGAGAAUGUCACUUUGUGUGGGCCAAAAUAAAUUAAUACAGGUCACGAUAACUUCAUUGUUAGUGAACAUGUGAAUGGAUCUAGUGGUGAUCUUAUCUACGCGUCAUUUCAAACAGAAAUUCACAAGUACAGAAGAAAAGUGUUGACUUAAAUGAUCAUAGAAACAAUUAUUGUGCUUUCAUUCGUACUUCAAUAUAUAAUAUCUAAUAAGUAAAAGUAACCGAUGCCAGAAAGUUUGUUCGAAACAAACUGUAUCAGUGGUGGUGUUCGCUGGGAUUAAAGAAGGCUAGGUAGAAAAAUAUCUUCGGUACCAGGGGUGCAUCAUGAACACUGCCAAAGGUACGAAACGAGAGAAUGGUAUUGAAUCGGAAAGCAUUCAGUCCAACAGAAUUCGUCCCAUCAAAAUAACUGCUGUGGGCGACGGAAUGGUGGGAAAGACGUGUCUCCUAAUCACCUACGUUUCAAAACGCUUUCCUACAGAAUAUGUUCCUACAGUGUUCGACAAUUACGCUGACAACAUUACAGUAGAUGGUCAAGACUUCAACAUGACGCUUUGGGAUACAGCAGGACAGGAGGAUUACGAACGAUUAAGACCACUGUCAUACCCAAAUACGGAUUGUUUUCUUUUGUGCUACUCCAUAUCCAGUAGAACUUCAUACGAAAAUGUGGUGUCCAAAUGGUGCCCAGAACUGAAACAUCAUAUGCCACAUGUCCCGAUUGUAUUAGUUGGCACAAAGAUAGAUCUACGAGAGGAAGACCCGGAAUGUAUUUCAUUUGCUGAAGGAAAGAAAUUGAAACAGAAGAUACGUGCAGCAAGAUAUGUUGAGUGCUCAGCCAUCAAAGGUGAGGGUCUUCAGGACGUUUUCACUGAAGCGAUCAGAGCAGUGAUGAAGAAGCCACCAACUGUAAGAAGAACAUGCAGUUUUUUCUAGUCUAUCAUAUGAAUGAACUGAACACUCAGUAUUGUUUUAACAGAGCUGAGUACUAGCAGUACUGAAUUCAGAACAAGUUGCAAGUCUGUAAUAAAAGAAUGACAAGAAAACUGAAAAUUACAUACACUAUAAGGUCAGAAGUGGUUGCCACCCUUGUGUAUGAUGUAACUAAGCUAGACACUUGUCCCAAUUGUUUUAGCAUUGAGGUAUAUUUCACAAGUAAAGUCCAACAUGAAGAAAGUAAAAGUGUCACCUAUAUCUUCUUAUAUUGAAAAUCUGCCUAUUACAAGCAUUUUUUGCUAUUAUCCUUGAACAAUAAAAAUGUCACUAUUAAUAAAAUAUUCUUCUAGUGUGGCAGAAAAGCAGAUUAAGAGAGUAAUAGUCCUAGUAGAAGCUGCCAUAUGAUAAUUUCAGUUUUAUGCAUGCAAACUAAAGGCCACAAAGUUCCCCCCCCCCUACACCAAAAUGUGCCAAUGAAUACAUUAUCAUCUUAGAAUUAAAGACCUGAAAACUGUAUUAAUUAUUUAAUAUGGUUACUAUUUUAAACUACUCUGAUAUGAAUAACAGAUUGUUUGUACAGUAAUUUUUUAUAUUGUUUGGAGUUAAUAUACAUGAUACAUGCCACCUGCAUUAAGAGUUUGUGUCAUAAAUAUGAUUCUUCAAAGUAAUUCACAUAUUGAUUACUGCUGAUGCAUAAAAAGUCUUGAUAAUGAACUGAAACUGUAAACAUAUUAAAAAUCAUUUAUAUGUAAA